CAAAAUUAGAAAGAGCACAGAAUCCCAUAAAAAUAGUGUUAGAGAGAGAUAGAGGUUGCAAACAAACACAGUGUCAACUCUAAGCUGUAAGCUGCAGAAUUUGGAUGAUGGGAACUCAACUCGGUACUAUUUGACUCACUGACUCAUUCAUCAUUCAACUCCUACUAAAAAAUUCGGGCUAGAUUGAGAUAAAGUGUACGACGCUAUGGGUGUCCCAGGCAAGUGGAUUAGAGCAUUGGUUGGCCUAAAGAAAUCAGAAAAGCGUGAAUCCUUAGAGAAGGAUGGAAAUCAGGCUAGCAAGUUUCGCCAUCGGAGAAAAAAUUCCGUUGAAAUUGACAACGGAAAACUUCAAAAUGAGUUUGACAAUGAUGGUGCUGCACCUAUUGGAGAUGCAGAUCAUGCGAAUCCCCAAUCUAACCUUGAAGCCCAUUAUUCUCCUUCUACUUCACAACAAGUACAGGAUCCUGCACAUAAUCAUCAAAUCACAAGCGAAGAAUGGGCAGCAAUAUGCAUUCAAACAGCGUUUCGUGGAUUUCUGGCCAGGAGAGCACUACGAGCUUUGAAAGGAUUGGUAAGGCUUCAAGCCCUUGUAAGAGGCCAUGCAGUAAGAAAACAAGCUGCAAUAACUCUCCGUUGUAUGCAAGCUUUGGUGAGAGUUCAGGCUCGUGUUCGGGCAAGGCGUGUUCGCUUGUCAUUGGAAAGUCAAACAGAACAACAGAAACUUCAGCAACAGCUUGUAAACGAAGCUCGUGUUCGAGAAAUUGAAGAAGGUUGGUGUGACAGUGUGGGAUCUGUUGAAGAAAUUCAAGCCAAAAUAUUAAAGAGACAGGAGGCUGCAGCAAAACGUGAGAGAGCCAUGGCAUAUGCUCUAGCUCAUCAGUGGCAGGCAGGAUCAAGGCAGCAGGCCAUUUCUUCAGGAUUUGAACCUGAUAAAAGCAGUUGGGGUUGGAAUUGGUUGGAAAGAUGGAUGGCUGUACGUCCUUGGGAGAAUCGUUUUCUUGACAUUAAUACGAAGGAUGGAGUGAAGGCAGACGAAAAUGAUGUUAUGGAUGGUAGAAAUGGAAUCAGACCUCAGUUCAAGUCUACUAACACAAAAUCUAAUCUGGCAAAUAUUCAUCCAAGCGUUGUCAGUCACAAAACCGGCCCUUCUCUUUCUGAUGGCUGUGAUUCUUCUUCCACUAGCAAGUCAGCAGGUUUGCUAGAGACAUCGAAUACACAAUCUGUUAAACCAAAAUCUAAUGCAAAUGUUCAAAAUCCCGUUGAAGAAACCAACUCAAAAUCUGGAGUUCAAAGAUCUCAAAGUAAUCCAAAGGAGAGAAACUCACAAGUAGAUAAACCGGCGAAAAAGCGAUUAUCUCUUCCCAACCAUGCAGGGGUUGGUUCCGGGGCUCAAACAGCCAAAUAUCCUACCAGAUCUAACAUGAAAGGGACACGUAGCACGCAAAAGCCUACAAGGGAUAAACCUAAGCUCAAUGGAGGAGGGGAUGUGAAUCUUACAAAAUCAGUUCCACCGCCUGCAGUUGUGUAACUAAGUAUUAAGAAACUACUCCAUUCUCCAUUGAGGUCCUCGGGUGACAUUUGUCUGUUUGUACAUGCAAUGCGUGACGCGAAGUGUUGAGGGGUCGCAACCACAAUGUAAAUGUUCCUCUCUUCUACGAAGACGCUGAUGUGGUUUGAUUGUUGAGAUUGGCUUGGGCUUUCAUGGUUAUAAGAUUUGUCAGGUAGAUACAUGCAUCUGUUGUAAUUAUAUGCAUAUUUGUUUUUGUGAGCUAUGUAUAAUGCGGUAUAAUAUUUAUGUUCAAAUGUACAACUUUCAGAGUGCCACUGCCUUCCAUUUUAUUUCUAUUGCCAAGUUGAAAGUGUUUUCUUAU